CGCUGCCCUGUGUGACCCUUACUCACUCUUCUUCCCCUUUGGGCUUCGGCUUACUCAUUUGCAAAGCGGGGAGAAUCGUUUCUGAUCGAUUGACGGCUUCAUUCAUUCCCGGUGCUUUUCUAGGUUGUGUUUGCUAGAGAUGCCUAGACCGCGCCUACCCGGGAGGGGUUCGCCGUCUAGUAAGAAAAUCCCCACCGUCCUGGUGAGGAGGCCCCAGUGCAAUUAGAAUUUGGGCGUUGUUACAAACAAACAAACAACGGGAAAAACCAACCAGCUGGCCAACCUGCUUUACAGAGGAGAGAUGUUAAUUUGAACAUAUAAAAUUUAGACUUUAACUCAGAUCGAGGAAUACGAAUUCUCUUGGGUGCUUUAGAAGGAAUAUGCAUUCUUGGCUCAUAUAUUGCACAAUUGCCGUGACAACUUAAAUCCAGAAAAAUUUACAACGUGCAUUCACCGUUCUUUGAUACGUGAUCUUUUUAGCCAAAUGACUUAAUCAGAUAGGUGUAGUAUUCUCAUUUUUUACUAAUGAGUCAUGUGCAUUCACAGCCCCAUCAGAGGUGAUUUUUACAGUCCGCUGAGUUAAUCAGAGCAGGUGCUGUGUUCUCAUUUGACUAACAGGGAAAGACGGGUAGAGGCUAAGUGACUUACCCAGGCUCUCACUGUCAUAAAGUGACUCUGGAAUCCAGGCCUCAGGAUCCUUGCACCACUGCUCGUUUCACUACACUACAUUGCCUGAAUGUUUCCAUGUUUUUGGUCACUAUUUUGUGACCAAAAGGGAGUUCCACUGGAUCACGGGUGGAUAAUCAUGGAUGAAAACAGACGUUUAUCAACUCUCAGAUUGUUCUCUAAUAGUAUUGGUGUUUUCUCCUCUUUCUACCCUUGCCUUGAGUGAUUUUUAUCUGCACUCAAACUUGACCACCUUCACACUGACGAGUCCCAAAUCUGUAUCUUCUACCUCGUUUCUCCCAGCUUCAGACUUCUAGAUCCAGACCUCCACUGAUCAUUUGAAUAUCAACUUGGAUAUCCUCCGGGCAUCUCAAACUCACUCUCUCAAGAGCACACGCCACCUUUCUACACAAACGUGUACUACAAAUCUAAUGAUUGAAAACUUUAUUCAAUUAGUCGCCCAAGUACAGCCCUGGCUUGGUUUCUCCUCUCACCUCCUACAAGUGGGCAAGUGAGGUUUAUAGCCAAGGAGCAGGCUGAUGGUUGGUGGAUUGAAAGUUAGGUUUGUUGAAGGGUGGACAGUUGUGAAGGAAUAUGUUAGGUUGAGUAUGAGGAAAUCAAAGUAAACGGGAGACUUAGGAAGGCCUGUUUGUUAGGAUUCUUCUUGGCAUCCUUUGUCUUCAGAGAUGGUGUUCCUUUCUUCUGGGUUUAGGGAGUGUAUUUCAUAGAUGAGGGUUUUAUGACCGGUUUCAGGGAAGAAGGGUCAGGUGAGGAGGUCAGAAUGACCUUCCUGCUUCUGUCAUUUUCUCAGACUCCCUUAGCUUAAAAUAUUCAAUAUGCUAAGUUGCCACAUUUUGGGGUAGUAUGUCCUGAACCCUAUGACAUUCACCAGUAAGCUGUUGAAUGACUAUUAUGUGCUGUAUCUUAUUUUAAGCACUGGGGAUAUAGCAGUGACCAGAACAAAGUCCUUCCUCUUACAGAGUUGACAUUUCAGUGCGAUGAGGUCAUAAACAAAUUAGCAAAUAAGGAUCAUCAAAUGAUAAGUGCUGUGAAAAAGCAAAACAGACAAAUCCUUAGGAGAAGAUGACCGUGUUCUUUAAAACACUUAGAAAUCAUUGGAAGAAAACAACAGCUGGGAUCUGCCUGCUGACAUGGGGAGGCCAUUGGCUAUAUGGAAAACACUGCGACAACCUGCUAAGGAGAGCCGCCUGUCAAGAAGCUCAGGUGUUUGGCAAUCAGCUCAUUCCUCCCAACGCACAAGUGAAGAAGGCGACGGUUUUUCUCAAUCCUGCAGCUUGCAGAGGCAAAGCAAGGACUCUAUUUGAAAAAAAUGCUGCCCCGAUUUUACACUUAUCUGGCAUGGAUGUGACUGUUGUUAAGACCGAUUAUGAGGGCCAAGCCAGGAAACUCCUGGAACUGAUGGAAAACACAGAUGUAAUCAUCGUUGCGGGAGGAGAUGGGACAUUGCAGGAGGUUAUUACUGGAGUUCUUCGAAGAGCAGAUGAGGCUUCCUUCAGUAAAAUUCCCAUUGGAUUUAUCCCAUUGGGACAGACCAGUAGUUUGAGUCCUACCCUCUUUGCUGAAAGCGGAAACAGAGUCCAACAUAUUACAGAUGCCACCCUUGCCAUUGUGAAAGGAGAGACUGUUCCACUUGAUGUCUUGCAGAUCAAGGGUGAAAAGGAACAGCCCGUGUUCGCAGUGACUGGCCUUCGAUGGGGAUCCUUCAGAGACGCUGGCGUCAAAGUUAGCAAAUACUGGUAUCUUGGGCCUCUAAAAACCAAAGCAGCUCACUUCUUCAGCACUCUUAAGGAGUGGCCUCAGACACAUCAAGCGUCCAUCUCGUACACGGGACCUACAGAGAGACCUCCCAGUGCAGCAGAAGAGAACCCUCCUCGGCCCUCUUUGUACAGGAGAAUAUUACGCAGGCUCGCGUCCUACUGGGCGCAGCCGCAGGAUGCCCUUUCCCAAGAGGUGAGCCCCAAGGUCUGGAAAGAAGUGCAGCUGUCCACCAUCGAACUGUCCAUCACGACGCGGAACAGUCACCUUGACCUGACGAGCCAAGAAGACUUCAUGAACAUCUGCAUUGAGCCCGACACGGUCAGCAAAGGAGACUUCAUAACCAUAGGAAGCAGAAAGGUGCGGGACCCCGGGCUGCGUGUGGCCGGCACCGAGUGUCUCCAGGCCAGCCAGUGCACUCUGCUGCUUCCCGAGGGAACGGGGGGCUCUUUCAGCAUCGACAGCGAGGAGUACGAGGCGAUGCCUGUGGAGGUGAAGCUGCUCCCCAGGAAGCUGCGGUUCUUCUGCGAUCCCAGGAAGCGGGAACAGAUGCUGCCCAGCGCGGCCCCAUGAGCCACCAAGGUGGGGAGCCGGCCGCCCCCACGCUGCACUUUAGGCCUCCGAUGGGACCAGAAGCCUCCCCUGUCCCCGCAGUGUUGUCCCAGGAUCCCAGGGCACCUCCAUGGCAAGUACCCUGCCCUCGCAGUGCUUCCCCUACUCCGAGCUUCCCGCUAGCGCAUGCUCAGCCUUCGCUGCGCCCCUGCUCCCUCCUCCCGUGGUUUGGCCCAGGGGGUCCGGAGAGGCCCACCUGCGCAGGCUGGGACAGGGCUAAACCUCCUUGGGCCCCAUGCGUGCAGCCACAGUCCAGGCCUCCCUGGUCUCGCUCCUGGGACUUGAGGGGUGCGGGUGCCUGCCCUCUCCACUGCCGUCCUUUUUCUAGGCUUCUCCACGGGUGCUGCUACUUCCUGAGCUCAGAUUCGAAUUAAGCUUGUUUCAGGUCUACACUCAACCCAGCGGCCUGGGAGGGGUUUUGUCUUCAGCCUUCACUAGAAACUGUAAAAGGCCAGUUUGUAUUAUUUUUUAAAGUAGUGCUUAACUAUGGGUUUGCAUGAGAACCACCUGGGAUGCAUGUUAAAAACGGACAGGCUUGGGGCUCACCCCAAACCUGGUCACUCAGUCUGGGAGUGGAGCCCAGGAAUCUGCAUUUGUAAAAAGCAGGCACCCUCCCCCAGAUGCUUCUACUCCAAGAGGUCCCCCGACCUCACCUGUUCACCGUUGUAAAGCAUAACCCCCCACUAUUAUGCUUAUGCACCCCCAAGAGCAUUUUGAAAGAUCAUGUACCCCCUUCUAGAUAUCAACUUAAGAGUUGGCAAAGUUUGUGUUUCCUGCUGUCAUGUAAAUAUUAUUUUAAAAUAAAACUCAUAUCACUCUUUUAAAC